AUGGCCACUCUCUUCACCGUUCCGAUCGCUUCUACCGGUGGCGCCAUCGUAUGCACCAACCCCACGGCAACCCCAGGGCAAGAAAAGCAGCAUGUGUAUCUAUUGACCUUCACCUCACCAAAAGACAAUCGUCUGACUCCGACAUUCAUCGACGCGCUUAUUUUGGCCCUGAACAUUGUGGAGCACCGGUAUCCGAAGGGCGUGGUAAUCACGACCAGCGGUAUUGCGAAGUUCUACAGCAAUGGCCUGGAUCUCGAACUCGCAAUGAGCACAGAGGGCUUCUUGGAGAAGUGGCUGUAUCGACUUUUCCGGAGAUUCUUGACAUUCCCCAUGCCCACAAUCUCUCUCGUCAAUGGACAUGCGUUUGCGGGCGGAUUCAUGCUCGCGAUGUACCACGACUACCGCAUCCAAAAUCCAGAGAAGGGCUUCCUGUGUGUGAACGAGCUUGAAUUCGGCGUUCCGCUCCAGACCCCCAUGAUGUCCAUUUUCCGAGAGAAGUUGACUCCGGUCACAUUCCGAAAUGUGGUCCUCGAAGCGCGCCGCUUCGGAGGUAAAGAUUCCCUGCAGUCAGGCAUUGUCGAUGGUCUAGGCGGACUUGACGAGGCUCUCAACUUGAUCCGGGACCGUAAGUUGCUCAACAAGGCCGCUACUGGAAUCUAUGGUAUUAUGAAGGAAGAAAUGUAUUCUCGUGUUCUCAACGGGAUUGAUGAUCAUGCCGGGAAUCUAGCCUGGCGUGAUGCGGUGGAGGCUCGGAAGUCGGGCUUGCAAAAGCAGAAUAUCCAAUCCGUAGAGGAAUGGGAGAAGACGAGCAAAGCGAAGCUCUAG